GAAACCUCCAACCCCAGGCAGACUUGUAAAAACCCAAAAAGUCUUUCUGCCACCCGACGGGACAUAACUGUUCAUUUAAUCAAAGCUCCGUCAGAUGAUCAUGUGAAGUGAAGGGCUUUUUGGGUUUGUCGGUGCUUUUUACAAACCUUUAGGUCCUUUACUAGCCAACCAUGUCGGUGUUCUCUCCAAAGUCCUCCUCUUGCUGAAGUUCGGCUUUACGGAGGACGGGGCAACCUGACUCUUGGUGAUUUUGAUCAUCCCAAGUUUACCAGCUUAACGGGUUAGUUUUCAGUAGUAAUUAGCCUUCACGUAUGGAUGCCCCAACUAAGCAUAAACAUUCACAUCCAAGGUUGAGGAACUAGCGGGAUGAGUUCACUUGAAGUCUCUGACCUGAAAUGUUCUAAAGGCUUUGAACUGAAGUGUAAAUGUGGGCUGACGGCAGAACGAAGAGUAUCAAGAACACGUGCAAACCUGUUUAGGUUGUUCUAUAAUUGUCCUAAGAGUGAUUUUGCUGAUCAAUGUGAGUUCUUUGAGUGGGCUGAUGAUCUCUCCCCAACUGGUGAUAAGCAUUUGGACGAGAUCAAUGAAAUUAGCAGUGAGUGCAGACGGUUACAAGAAAGAAUUGAUCUCAUCCGAGAAGAACAUGACACUGAAAGGGCUGCUUGGAUCAGGGAAAGGGAGCAGCUAAUGUCACAAUUAUUAUCUGUUAAGAUGGAGCUUGAUCAGAUGAAGACCAGAAUCAAGAUAGUGCAUGAGUCAGAUCUUAUGCCUCCUUAUGAUGAAAAAUUAUCUAAUCCAAAAGAUGAGGAGGAUGAUCCGGUGGUGAUACAAACUGUUUAGACAGAGCAGCAGUUGCAUCUGCUAUCAAGCAUCCGAUAGUGAACUGUUGACCCCAUUUUGUUAAAUAUAGGAGCAAUUAUAAUAUAUUUUGUAGAGCUUCUCUUGAUUAUGUUUUGGUCCCUCCAGGCUAAGGCUUAUUAGGCGUCUUGAUGCUAAUAUGGAUAACAUAUGAUGUGAUGGAGACAUGAGAGGCUAACUUGAAGCGUGGCGUGUGUCUUGUUCCCAUGACCUAGUUUCUACCCUGUAUAUAUAAAUGUUUAUGACGACUUCGUGUGAAUUAUUUUGUUCUAAUGUCAUCCAGUUGUUCAUUUCCUGUACUGGCAA